AUGAGUAAUGUGCUGCAGUGGUCUGAAUUGUAUUUAAAUUAUUCACUUACUUGCAAUUCGCAGCCAUUGGGCACAUAAACAGUAAGCCUAGGGUGUGUGUGUCAGACCUCAGCGCUUUGAGUGUGCCACAAAUAGAAGAGACAUAUAAGCCUAUGGAGGAAGGUAACACACCAAUGCCUGACACAACAACUUUGCAUAACACCCCACAGCAUCAGGGUGGCAACCCAGAUGCAAUGGAGACAGAGGAUAGUCCUGCAAUCAAUGAUGCAAGUAUGGUGAAUGGAGACGCUUCGGAAAACGAUGAUGCAAAGUCGGAUGAAAUAGCGGAGGAAGACGAUGAGUUUGGUUUCUAUCGUUCGCAGGCUACAUUCAGUUUUACAGUAGAUAACAUAAACAAACUGGUUGAAUCAACGACUAGUCCACCAACCUAUGUUCGUGGUCUGCCUUGGCGUAUUCUGGUGAUGCCACGUACAAUACAUGAUCGCUCUGCCGGCAAGAGUCUUGGAUACUUUUUGCAGUGCAAUGCAGAGAACGAAUCAACGUUAUGGUCUUGCCACGGCUCAGCUGCUCUGCGGAUUUUGCCAGCUAAGGACGGAGUGGAAAUGCUGGAUAAAAAGAUUGAACACAUGUUUUACUGCAAGGAAAAUGACUGGGGCUUCAGUACGUUUCUUCCCUGGGCCGAUUUAGUAAACCCUGAAAAGGGUUACAUUACGCCUGAUAAAAAAGUAACAUUUCAAGUUCAUGUUUAUGCCGAUGCCCCUCAUGGUCUGGCUUGGGACAGUCGCAAAUUGACGGGAUAUAUCGGACUAAAAAAUCAGGGAGCCACUUGUUACAUGAACAGUUUACUCCAGACUUUGUUUUUCACCAACAAGUUACGCAAAGCUGUGUACAUGAUGCCAACCGAGAGCGAUGACUCGAUGAAGAGUGUCUCACUGGCGCUACAACGAGUUUUCUAUGAACUACAGUCAAGUGACAAGCCUGUAGCGACCAAAAAAUUAACGAAAUCCUUUGGUUGGGAAACCUUCGAUUCUUUCAUGCAGCAUGAUGUCCAGGAGUUGUGCAGAGUACUUCUUGACAAUGUAGAGCUAAAGAUGAAAGGAACAUGCGUGGAAGGUACCAUCCCAGAUAUUCUGGAGGGCAAGUUCAAGUCCUAUGUGAAGUGCAAGCAUGUGGACUACGUCUCGAGCCGUGAAGAAUCUUUCUUUGACAUCCAGCUUAUUGUUAAAGGAAACAAAAACGUGAUGGAGUCUUUCAGAAACUAUGUAAAGCCUGAUACAUUGGAUGGUGACAACAAAUUCGAUGCCGGAGACUUUGGGAUGCAGGAGGCGGAAAAAGGGAUCAUCUUCAAGCACUUCCCCGCUGUUUUACAUCUCCAGUUGCUGCGAUUUCAGUAUGAUGCAGCAACGGAUAUGUAUGUUAAAACAAACGACCGAUAUGAGUUCCCAGAAGUUCUUCAUCUUGAUGAGUUCCUUGAAAAACCUGACAGAAAUGAUUCCGCUGUUUAUAUUUUACAUGCAAUCCUUGUUCACAGUGGAGACAACCAUGGUGGGCAUUACGUUGCGUAUUUAAACCCAAAAGGGGAUGGAAAGUGGUGUAAGUUCGAUGACGAUGUAGUUUCUCGUUGCACUAAAAAAGAAGCUUUCCUUGGCAGUUAUGGAGGGGUUGGUGAAGAAUCCUACGUGGCAAGAAAUUCAACAAACGCGUACAUGUUGGUUUAUAUUCGUAAAAGUAAACUGAAUGACGUGUUGUGCCCGGUCACUGACGCUGACAUCCCUGAACAACUCAUGGAAAGAUUGAACGAGGAACGCCAGCUUGAAGCAUUCAGGAGAAAAGAGAAAGCUGAGAUGCAUCUCUAUCUAUCUGUUAAUCUUGUCACUGAAGAUAUGUUCUGUGGUCACCAGGCUGAAGAUCUUUUCGAUUUUGAGCGUUCUCACUUCACAAGGCACAUCAAGAUAUUGAGACAAGCUUCUUUUGAUGACCUACUCAACCUUAUAUCACAAGGCAUCGGAUAUUCAAAGAAUCAGUUCCGUUUGUGGUUGUUCAGUCAACGACCCAACAAUUCAUGGAGACCUACCUUGUUAGAGACGGGAGAGACUGUGGGAAAACAUUUGAUCGAAGUCGCUGAAAAUGAAAAUCCAUGGCAUUUGUGGUUGGAGACGAUCCAACCCGACAGUACAGAAGACACAUUACCAGCAUUUGAUAAACAAGGUGACAUCUUGGUGUUCCUGAAGAUGUACACACCAAGCACACGAACAAUCUCUUACUGUGGACAUGUGUCAGUGCCCAUAGAAGGCACCUCGGUGGUAGCAAUGGAAAAAACUCUUCGCAAACGUGGUGGCUUGCCACCUAAUACACCUCUGCUGCUAUUUGAGGAGAUCAGUGCAUCGGAGCUCCGACCUAUCCAUGAUCGCAACCUCCAGUUCGGUGAAGUGAUGGAUAAACUUAUGGAUGGAAAUAUCAUCGUCUUCCAACCGGUCGAGCCUUCAUGUCCGGAUGCCGCUAGAUACUUCCUGGAUGUUUUCUUCAGAGUUGAUGUGAUCCUCUGUGAUAAGAAUGAUCCUCUUGAUCCCGGCUUCACUGUGUCUCUUAAUCGGAACUGGACAUACGGACAAUUUGCAGAGAAGGUUGCUGAAAGGUUGGACACAGAUCCAAUGAUGCUUCAGUUCUUCAGAGUCCAGAAUGUCCGGGAUCAGCCAGGCAAUGUUAUAAGGUCAAGUUUCGAUGGCCAGCUUAAGGAUUUGCUUCAGAUCUAUGGGACCAGGAAGCCAUCCAAGAGACUUUACUACCAACAGUUAACAAUGAAAGUUAACGAGUUUGAAAACAAACGUCAAUUCCGGUGUAUGUUUGUAUGGCCUAACCUAAAGGAGGAGGAAAUCGUGUUAUAUCCGAAUAAGACAAGCUGUGUUGCUGGUCUGCUAGAAGAAUGUAGGAAAAAGUUUGCGAUUGAUAGCAGCAAGGAGCUUCGUGUGCUAGAAGUUGUAGGUAAUAAGAUUUGUGGAAUUCUGCGACCGGAAAAAGCCCUUGAGGAUUUGACACCGUAUGGUCAAGUAGCCAGGUUGUACAGGAUAGAGAUUGUGCCUGAUGAUCAAAAGGAGAUAAGUGAUGAGGAGGUUCUGAUCUGUGCAAGCCAUUUCCACAAGGAAAUCUACAACACCUUUGGUGUUCCUCUCCUCAUAAAAGUAAGGACAGGAGAACGGUUUUCUGAGAUUCGGGAACGCAUUCAGAAAGCAAUGGAAAUUCCUGACAAUGUGUUUGAAAAAUACAAAAUAGCUGUGGUAGUUGCAGGACAGGUAAAGUACAUGUCCGAAGAUAUGCACAUGAUGAUGAACUUGAAAGAUGUUAUGCCCACAAUGACCGCUUGCUACUCAGAGUUCAAAGUUAUGUGCAAAGGCUUGGAUAGGACUGGACCAUUUAAAUAAAAACUCCAAGCGUCACCAAAGCAGGUUCGGUUACACAGAAAAGGCAAUUAAGAUCCAUAACUGAAGAAGGCCACUGUUUUAAACCGGGUCAAGCCAGCAAGAUGAGCAGUCAACCAUUUUCUGUGGACAUAAUUUUGUGGGCGUAAAGAUAUUAUCUAGUUAGAAAAUUUCUGGAACAAUUUCGGAUUGGUGGACAGUGUGUUUGUUUUUUGUUCAUGACGGUGAUUUCUAUAUUUUCGCACCACUAUUGUCCAUCCCUGUGAUAUGUAACAGGCUCACUGCUAUGCAGUUUAAAUCCACAUAGUUGAGUGUUUGGAAUCUAUAGUGAUGUAUUAUACCCACAAUGUCCCACAGAAGUUCCAAAUAUCAAAUAAGCGGUAACAACAAUCUAUAGAACAGCUCCCACUGUCUGCUGCUGGUAUAAUAUUUCCCACAAACACUCCCAUUUCAUUUACCACGAUUGCUGGCAACAAUGUAUGAGAGUGUUUAGAAUUGCGUAUUUCUGCUGUGUAAAGUGCUGGUGGACUCUACAGUAAACCCUAUAUCUUAAUUCCUUGGUUUUUCCGUGUAUGUAACCCUGUUCAUAGCCGAUUUACUUUUAAAUUACAACGUACCAGACUUUUAGACACUUUACUCCUUUUCCUACAUUGCCCUACACUUUGUUUUGUUUCGCUACUAUGGCUAUUUUUCUGAGGAGGUAUUGCUUAAACGUGACUUCAUGUUCGUUGUAAAAUUGUAACCAACUGUUUGUAAUUGCGUUUUUUGGACUUUGAAAUUCAUCAGAUCGAGGCAUUUACCACCAAGCUUCACUGUAAACUGAUAGCUGCUUAGUUGAUAAUCCAGGUUAAACAUAUGAACCAAUGAAAGUACGACAUGCAACGAUUUUUAUUUGCUUUAUUUAAAUUAGUCAUUUUGCGCUGUCACCGCGCUUGCAUGUGAAAUAUGUUGUCUGAAUAUUUUGACUAUGUUAAUAUCUGUUUGCACCGAAAAGAAUGUUGUGCAUAAUCACCCAAUUUUAGCGCGAAGUGGAAGUUGCUAUUAAAUUUGUUAAUGUGAGUUUA